AUGGGUUGCUUUUCUAGCUCUGGACGGCACAGUAUUUCGAAAAAUGACGCAAAUAAUACCCCAUCUCAGAUCAUUCAUACCAAGGAAGACAUCAAAAUUGAUGCGUCCAUGUUUGUGGGCCACCGAAAUGGCCAAGUUUUGGAGCAUUAUAAAAUAGGAUCAAAAAUUGGUUCCGGGGCGUUUGGCUGUGUAAGAAUUGGGACUCAUAUAAUUACUGGGCAAAAAAGAGCGAUAAAAACAAUACAGAAAGAAAGCAUUAGUGCUGAUUUGACAGAAAGAGAAAAAUUCUUCUCAGAAGUGGAUAUUUUAAGGAAAACUGAUCAUCCAAACAUCGUUAAACUGUAUGAAUUUUAUGAGGAUGAAAAAUAUUUUCACAUAGUCACUGAGUUUUUGCAAGGGGGAGAGUUGUUUGAUUAUAUUAUCAAAAAUAAAAUGCUUUCUGAAAGAGCUGCAGCUGUCUUUAUGAAACAAAUUUUAAGUGCAGUUGCAUAUUGCCAUUCGAAUAAUAUUGUGCAUAGGGAUCUCAAGCCUGAAAAUUUACUGCUAGAAUGCGAAACUCCGCAGCCAAAUCUGAAAGUCAUUGAUUUUGGAACAUCUGCAAUUUUUAACUCUUCUAAACAUAUGACGAAAAAAUAUGGAACUGCUUAUUAUAUAGCUCCUGAAGUAUUGAGGAAAGAUUAUGAUGAAAAAUGCGACAUGUGGAGCUGUGGGGUGAUCUUAUAUAUUUUGCUUACUCCUCUCUUUAAGAAUGAGCAAAAAAAUAUUUUGUAUAAAACUUUUUUAAUGUAAAAUAUUUGACAUAUAAAUAACCAUUAAUAAUGAAAUCUUAGCCUAUUUCAAUGCUGGACAAUUAUUUCUAAAAUAAAAUUAAUAAAUUAAAUUGCAUUUUUACCUUUUAAUGUUUACAAAUUGGUUAUAAAGUGCGAAAAAAAUCAAUAUAAAAUACAUAAUUCAAAAUAAAUUGAAGGGCUUCUAGCGUGCAAAAUUCUUUCUCUCGUCUAUAUAGGAGGAAGGGAGUUAGUGGGAAGCCGCCUUUUUAUGGGAGAACUGAUAGGGAUAUUUUGAGAAUGGUAGAAAAAGGGGAGUACUCCAUGAAAGGAACCAUCUGAAGCACGAUUUCUCAAGGUGCAAAACAACUCAUAAGCAGAAUGCUCGACUAUAAUCCCAAACACAGGAUUUCUGCUACUGAAGCUUUAAUGGAUGAUUGACUUGCUCAGAAUACAGCUCUUGACUCUCCAGUCCAAGCAAUCCCUUUAUCAUCCUUAGAUAACCUUAAAUCGUUCAGGGCUGAGCAAAAUCUCCAGCGGGCAGUUUUAACUUUUAUUGCUUCUCAAUUAUUGCAUAAUGAAGACUCUAAACAACUUUCUGAAGCAUUUAGAAACUUAUUCCCCUCCCCCUUUCAGAAUAGGCAUAUUUUUUCUGUAUGCUCUUAAGUGCCUAAUUUUUUGGUAAUAUUUUAUUAUAAUAAAAAAAACUUUUCGACCAAUUAUUUGAGAAGAAUAAUCCAAUUUUUAUAAAUACAAAUUAUCUGAGAUUUAGUAGAAGUAGCUAAAAUCUCGCUAUAAUAGCUAUAAUUAUAAAUAAAAAAUUUAUAUAAACAAUUAUAUAUAAAAAUUUUUGCUUGCUCAAAAAGACGUUAAAUCUUUCCAAAAAUAUAGAUUUUUUUUAUUGCUGUUAAAAUGGGGAAUAGUUAGAUAAAAAUGGCGACGGGAAAAUCAGCCGAGAAGAAUUAUUAGAGGUUUAUACAGGAAUUAUGGGACUAGAAGCUGCCAGUGAAGAAGUUGAAAAAAUAAUGCAGCAGGUAGAUGUAAAUGAUUCUGGGUACAUUGAUUAUACAGAGUUUAUUAUGGCCACUGCACAAAGGGAAAAAAUGAUCAACCAAAUGAACUUGGAAGCUGCCUUCAAGGUUUUUGAUUCUGAUGAGAGUGGCAAAAUAUGUGCACAAGAGCUCAAAUCACUGCUGGGAGAAGGUGGAAGUGGUAAUGAAACUAUGUGGAUAGAUCUCAUUAGAGAAGUCGACAUGAACGGAGAUGGCGAAAUCGAUAUUAAUGAGUUCAAAGCAAUGAUGAUGAGCCUUGUGGAUAGUCAUAAGUAA